AACAACAACAACAACCACGACGACGACGCGCGACCCUGCACACCCCGAACCCAAACAGAGCCCUCCAUGGAGCCACUGACCUCCCACCACACGCGACCGCGCAACCGCUCUCCCUACUCUCACGCCCACUUUCGCUCACGCAGUGGCUCCGGCUCCCCCGGCGCGCCGCCCAUGAUGAGAGCUCACUCGCUACCCACCGUCAUCAAUCCGAGCGGACAUCUGUCCCUCUCGCCCUCACCGCUUCCUACCGCACGCCCCUCUUCGCCGCUGCGCUCCCCAAAGCGCACGCGCAGUCCUUUCCGCCUCGCCGACGAAUCCUAUGCACACUCUGGCGCACCUCGAGUCUGUGACAUCUCUGAAGAUGCCGAGCUCGACUUGACUCCACGGCCAGCCAGCAGCGUCCCCACCACCACCCCCUUCCACCCGUCUCCGCUUGGAAGCGUGUACAGCAGCACCGGUUCGCUGUCGAGGACUGCAAGGCGACGGCCCGCCUCCCCCCUACACCAUGCCUCGGUUCCUUUUGGCGGUGCUGCUGCUCCCCCGAUCACGCCCACCUCAGCUCCCUCCUCUUCCAACUCGCCUCUGCUCUCCUCCGCAAAGUUCAACGAACCCUUCCCCGGCCUCAACGCGCAUUACCCGUCGUCGCUCGCCUCGUCCUCGGUCCCCUCCACGCCCACCUCGAUGCGCUCUCGCAGCCCUUCCAUUUCCUCUCUCGAGACCAUUCCAGACACCCCCGAUGCGGAAGCGGAAGCGGUCGAGGCCGAUCGCCUUGCUCGCCUGAAAGCUGCUUUGGAACGUGGCAAUGGCAGCGAUGACGGGAACAGGAGAUCCAGCCUCGAUGUACCCGGAGAGCGGCGUGCCUUCAAUUUCGGCAGGCGGGAUUCGAGGAAGCGAUGGAGUGUCUGCGGUGCCGAGAGGCGGCAGGACCUGGAUCUCGAGACCAUUUGGGAGGACUGA